CGCACGCGAAAAGAAGACGCGGGAACGAGCGAACAACAAUUUUCUACGGCAACUAGUGCUACCGACGAUUACUGCUAAUGUCGUCAAGAACGACGUCUUAUCUCGGACGAAAAAAGCGAUAACGUUGAUGUCGACGACCAGCUGGUAGUAGUUGUUGUUUUCGGUCCAGAGUUCCAGACGUCCAGUACGGCAGUACAACACAUUCCACCUACUCCAGUUCACAAUCACAGUUCAGUUACUAGUUCAAGUUGUCACAACAUAUUUUGGCCCUGCGGACGCACGUUCAACGUUGUCAGCUUGUCACCAGUGGUUGUACUCGCUACACGCACGAAUCUCGACGUCGUAUAUCAUUUCGUUUUAUCAUUUUUCUGACGAUAACCGUCGCAAUCGCGUUUUUAUCCACUGUGGGAUCAAUCAAUCGGUCGACGGCAUCAGUGGUUGUUUAAAUCCGUUUGUGACCCGUAUUCAUUCUGUUUGCCGACGACCCACACACACUCGCGCCCACAAACCCGACUUCUAGCUCCACCCGUCCACGUACAACCCCUAUCAUGUCUAUGGGAGAUAAAGUUACAAAUCUUUGGAAAAGGGCCAGUGAUGAAGGAGAAAAUAGGGAUGAAAUUCCUUGGCACUUAAAAUAUGGUAGCAGAACACUGGGGACAUUUGCAGGAAUUGUUAAUUUAUUCACUGGUAUUUGGAAUGGAUUGGGAUUAAUUUUUUUAAACACAGAUUGUUUAUUUGGUGGCAUUAUACAAUUGCUUCUUGGUCUUUUAUUAAUUGCGUUAGAAGCACCUUUUCUUUGUGUGUUUAUCGAUUAUAUGCAGAAAGUUAGUGAUGUGGCUGAAAAUAAACCUUACUGGACUAGAGCUGUUUUAUAUGCUGGGCUAUCGUUAGUACCAAUGCUUCUAUGUUUUGGCCCUAGUACAUUAAUAGCCAGUGCUUUAGUAUUUUGUACUGGAUUAUUGUAUGGUCUCAUGUCAGUUGGGAAAAAAGGAUCUAGGGAAGACAUGGGAGCUAUUGCUUCUCCUGUUGAUAACGUCUCUCAACCCAUGGGUGGACAUCACACAACUUUUAUGGAAGAUCCAGAUGUGUGGCGCCCCACUUAAGGCAAACUGAACUAAAUUUUUAAAGUAGCACCAGCUGAACAAAUGAAAACAACUGCAUCCACAUUAGAGCCAUGAGACACAUACAACAUUAGUGAAAUAUAUACAUUUAAGUAUGAUACCUUAGAACUCACUAAGGCCAAUUAAAAAUAAUGUAUUGGUUCCCUAGUGAUUUUAUUACCACCACUCUCCAAAUGCAUUCCAAUAUACCAGGGUCUCCUAACUGAUGAUACUCAUUUAUCUGUGGUAAUCAGGUUCAAUUAAAUUAAUAAAUCAAUUCAAUAUCUUUCUAUAGUUGUGCCCAUUAAUAGUAUUCCUUUAAAAUUUAUACCACUCAAAUUUAUAAUAGAUUUUCACAUAUAUAUCUUAUAACCUCAAUACUUAUAUUUAUA